CUGGACGGAGGGAGGGGGAAGUGGCCAGAAGGGGAAGUGUGAGGAGUUCCCCUCCAGCCUGUCACCAGUCUCGUCAGGCCCUCGGAGUGGCUGCCCAGGGCUGGGCUGUGGCCAUGGAGCCUCUGGAGACCCCCAUCAAGGAUGGCAUCCUCUACCAGCAGCACACCAAGUUUGGCAAGAAGUCCUGGAGGAAGGUAUGGGGUCUGCUGUAUGCAGGAGGCCCAUCAGGCGUGGCACGGCUGGAGAGCUGGGAGGUCCGGGAUGGCGGCCCAGGACCAGUAGGUGACAGGUCUGUGGGGCCUGGCCGGCGAGGGGAGCGGCGGGUCAUCCGCCUGGCUGACUGCGUUUCCGUGUUGCCGGCUGAUGGUGAGAGCUGCCCCCGGGACACUGGUGCCUUCCUGCUUACCACCACGGAGCGAAGCCACCUUCUGGCGGCACAGCACCGCCAAGCAUGGAUGGGGCCCAUCUGCCAGCUGGCCUUCCCGGGCACAGGGGAGAGUUCCUCAGGAUCAGGGGAGGCUGGGGAUCCUAAGAGAGGCCUGGUCCCCAUGGAGGAGAACUCCAUCUACUCCUCCUGGCAAGAAGUGAGCAAGUUUCCAGUGGUUGUGCAGAGGACCGAGGCUGCCAUGCGCUGCCAGCUAAAAGGGCCCUACCUCCUGGUGCUGGGCCAGGAUGCCAUUCAGUUGAGAGAGCCCUCCAGCCCCCAGGUCCUCUACACCUGGCCCUACCGCUUCCUGCGCAAGUUCGGCUCUGACAAGGGUGUGUUCUCCUUUGAAGCUGGCCGCCGUUGUGACUCAGGUGAGGGCUUCUUCGCCUUCAGCAGCCCGCAAGCCCUUGACCUGUGUGGCGUAGUGGCCGCUGCCAUCAGCCGCCAGAGGGAGCAGCUACCGGUGCUGGCUGGGCCCCGGCCCUGCCCACUGUUGCGGGCCACCUCCCUGCCCUCACUGGACCCACCCAGUGAGCUGCAGGAGGGACCCCCAGGGCCUGAGCCUCCCAGCUCCCAGAGGGUACUCCUGGCUGAGCCUGGACCCCAGAGCCUGCCGCCACUGCUGGGCACGGAGCCCCUCAUCAAGCCAGCGCCCGAGCUCUAUGCCUCAGUGUGCAAGAGGGCCAGUGGGCCCCCACGUGUUGCUGAGCACCUCUACGAGAACCUGUGUGUACUGGAGGCAGGCUCUGUUCCCCCCAGCGAUGGUGGGCCCGUGCAGGAGGGCCCUAGUGGCCACAGCCCCUUAGCCAGCCCCAUCUACCACAACAGCGAGGACCUGGGCUGGCCCGGCCCGGCCCAUGACAGCAGCCUGGAAGCCCAAUACCGGCGACUGCUGGAGCUGGAGCUGGGCAACAACUACGAGGAGGCUGGAGGUUCUGGCCGCCCCUGCACUCACACGGGCUUCAAGGCCAAGCUGGUGACACUGCUGAGCAGAGAGCGGAAGAAGGGCCCAGUCCCCUGUGACCGGCCCUGAAUGUCUUGUGUGGUGUGGCAGCAGGAGGAAAGGAAGGCUCUGUCCCUGGGACAGGAGGGAGGGCAAAUAAUGGACUAGAGACACAGCCCUGCAUCCACCCUGGCCUGUGGGGACAAGGCAGGCAGCCUGGGGAGGGCUCCCCACGUGCCCUGCCAGUCCCCUAGGGUAUGGUGUACAGAUAUACUGGUAAUAAAGUCUCCCAGCUCCCCAUCCAUCUUGUGGCCCACAGUCCACACCUUCUCACCUCAGCUCCUGUCAGUGGCACUCAUGGGUCCCCGUGUAUACACAGACCCUCACUUCACAGGUGUUGCAGCAAACAUCACUGUGGAUUACUGUGCUCAGUUCCAGGGACACACAUGACUUGGACUUGACCUCUGCCACCAGUGUGCUCAAGUCCCCUUGACCAGAUGGGUGGGAUGCAGAUAAUUAUGAUCCAUGUGGUCCUGUGCAGCAGAAAUGGCUCAGUCAGGCAGGGGGAGAGGUGAGGCUUGCUGAUGGGAGAGGGGCCCUCUGGAUUGAGCGUUAAGGGCAGGCAGGGCUUCACCAGGCCGGCAGCAAUCCCUGGGGCUUUCUAGGCCAAGGAUGGAUAUGCACAGGCCCAGAGACAAAGAGAAGAGUGUUGUCACAGAAUGGCAGUUGGUGGCCAAGCAUGAGAGUCCUGACCAUCCUGUAAUGAACUUGGUCUCAUCCUCAGUGGAGGAACACAGUCAUGGUGGGGAAGGAGCAGUGUGGACAACAGAAGUGAGGGGGCUACACUGCUGAUGGAGAAGCCUGAGCUGGG